AUGGACAGAGUCAUGUCUGUGUCUCUGUGGUGCGAGGAGGUAGAGAACGACCAGAGUCAGGACCGGGGCCAGACCGAGGGACCAGCCACGUCAGGUGGCCCGUCACAGCUGCGAGCCGCCUGGGACCCCACCGUGUCGGGGCAUCGCGUGAUCCAGAGGCUGCUUCGCGUGGAGGAGAGGUACACGCCCUCGAUGCUCUACAUCGGCCUCAUCCAGCGGGAUCCGGAGCGCCGGGAGGAGCUCGCCAAAUGGGCCCUGGAGGUGUGCUGCGAGUGCGGCUGCGACGAGGCGGUGUUUCCUCUGUCCGUCUCUCUGAUGGACAGGUUCCUGUCUGCCUCUUUGUCUCUGCCUGUCUCGCCGUACUGCCUGGCCGCUGGCUGCAUCCUCAUCGCCUCCAAGCUCACGGAGUGCGACGGCGUCGCCGCCAACACUCUCUGCGCCGCGGCCGAGUACAGCUUCCGGCCUUCGACCCUGCGGGAAAUGGAGCGUGUCGUCCUCGCCACCCUCCGAUGGGACACGGCAGCGGUGACUCCUCAGGACUUCCUCCCGCAUUUUCUCGCCUCCGUGGAGCAGAGAGGAGAGUCCGACGAGGGGGAGCGGCUCUCCACGCUGCGGCGGCACAGCGACACGCUGGCUGCCAUGUGCGCCUGCGACUCGCGGUUCCUGGGGGCCCCGCCGUCACUUGUUGCUGCGGCGUCGCUGGACUGUGCACUGCGCGGCCUGGGCAGCGAGGAGCCCUCUCAGCUGGCUCUUGCGAGUGAAGCACUGGCAGAGCUGUGCCAGACCGACCCGGCAGUGCUGCAGUGCUACAGCGAGAUGAUCGAAUACGCCCUCCGCCAGCGGCUGGGGAGCGGGCCCCCCCAGCGGGGCCCCGCGGAGAAAGGCGAGGAGGAGGAGAACGAGAGGGCCGGGACGCCUACCGACAUGAGAGAGAUUGAUUUCUAAACACUGAAUCGGCCGGUGCAUCGAAAGUGUAAAUCAAUCAGGACCCUUCAAGUUCAUCAGUCAGACUGAUAUAAAUUGAAAGUGACCUCAUAAUGCUCAGACAUGGUUUUAUAUAUUUUGAAAUUAUUGAUCCUUAUUGAGUGACUGCUAAUUUAUUUUUUACUUUAUUUAUUUGUGAACAACUGUGCAACUAUGUGUUUUCCAUGUGCCAUAUUUUAUUAUCUAUUUCUAUUAAUUUUAUUGUAGGACUAGACCUUAUUUUGAUGCACAAUAUUUAUACCUUUAAUUUAUUAUC